AUUUAGCCCAAAAGGCCUCAAAUCCUGCAAGAACUUUAUCCAAUAAAAAGAUCCUGCGAAAAUCACCACUGCUCGUCUGUGCUGCCGGUAGGCGCCACGCCACCGUCGCCAUGGCCGCCCCCGUCUCCGCUUCCCUCUUGCCUCUCGGGAGGAGCGCACCUUCUUUCACUGGUCCGCACUACAAGAAUAAGAGAAGGAUUCCGAUGGUGCGGGUCUGCUGUGCUGCCGACGACGACGAGGAAGUCAACGAUUUGGGAGUCAGCGUGGCACUAUCGAUGCUAAAAUUCUACAAAAGAGAGAUAUCACCCUUGCUGCCUUCAAGCUGCCGUUAUGUGCCAACAUGCAGCGAGUACUCUAUGCAGGCGUACAAAAGAUAUGGUGUUGCGAAGGGUACAAUCUUGACAGCAUGGCGUCUGUGCCGUUGUAAUCCUCUUGCGUAGGUGGACAGGGAUAUGAUCCUCCCAGGUGGUUUGGGGAGGGAGAGUUACCUGAGGAAUGAUGGCUGGUAAUUACUAGAAACACUGCACAUGUGCGUGCUAGACUGUGCUCUGCACACAGUUAAAUAAGCAAUAUAAGCAGUGCCUCAGUUGUAUUACAUCUUUCAGUUUUUCUCUUUUUCAGCUCGCUUGAUUUUUAUUGUUUAUUACGAUGGAACUAGAUGAUUGCACUAGAGACAUUUAUUUGUUGCUUAUCAAGAAUUUAACCUAGGUUGUUUAAAUGA